AUCCUCCUCCUGCUUCGUCGACUAGUGGUAGUCAACGAAGCGCGUCUCCUCCACCAGGGUCAGGUUUUGACUCGUCCAAUGGGUAUAGCAACGGGUUCAAUACGCAGCGACAGCCUGGCCGGAAUACCAUGACGGGCUUUGGAAGUGAGAUGUCUGGUAUGAGGAAUCAGGGAAGCUCUGAUCGAUACAGCUCGGCAGGGUUCCAGCAAGGAGGAG